AUGGGUUCUGAGCAAAACGACAGCACAAGCUUCUCUCCUUCGGAACCAAAGCUCUGCGUCAAUGGCUGCGGCUUUUUCGGAACAGCUGCUAACAUGAACUUCUGCUCCAAAUGCUAUCACGACCUCAGAGUCACCGAAGAACAAGCUUCUUCAGCUAAAGCCGCCUUCCAGAAAUCCCUAAACCCUAAACCAAAAAUCUCACUCGAACCUGCUGUUGGGUCAUCAUCAACGAGCAGUGAAACGGCGGCGUUUUCCGAGCCACCGCCUCCACAGACUACGGCCAAGAACAGGUGCUUAAGCUGCAAGAAGAAAGUGGGCUUGAUGGGGUUUAAGUGCAGGUGUGGAAGCACAUUCUGUGGAGACCAUAGAUAUCCGGAGAAUCACGAAUGCGAAUUCGACUUCAAAGGAGAAGGAAGAGAUGCAAUUGGCAAAGCUAAUCCGUUAAUGAAGGCUAAAAAAAUGGAGAGAAUCUAA